AUGCAGACCCAAAAGGCCUGGUUCAGGUUCUUCUCUACGAGCUUGAUGGCUUUCAUAGCGUCCAGAGUUUCACCCCACUCAUCUUGGAAACAGCUUCUGCACAUCCUGGAAGAUGGUGCAGCCACUGUGCUGGUUUUGCAUCCUCAGGAGAUGCUCAGGGACCUCGUGCUUCUCCUUAGCCAGUUCGCAGAAAAAGUGGCCCAGGCCCUCGAGAAUCACAUCACUGCAGUUGAAACAGACACCCAGGAAAAAGGCGCGGAUGGAAGCCGCUUUCGGUCCCUCAGCGGGCUGGGCGGCUCGCUCCCCGCGCGGCUCCUCCCUGCAGGGGCGGCGGCCCGGAAACCCCCCAGCUCUGCAGAGAUCCCACCCUCCAACUGCCACCUCGUGGGCACGGGGCCGGAAUCUCCCCGGGUGACUAUCGAUGAGCCGCCCUUGUUUUGUGAAACACACUCUGCGGUUUCAGCCGAAAAGUUUUGUGCGUUGAAAGCCGUCUGCUAUAACCUCCACCUUCUCUCAAGGUCACUUCUCCACGCGUCCACGGCUGACUUCAUCCCCCGUCACCCCCCCCACCCCUUCCCCACUGCAAGGAAGGAGGAAAUUUAA